AUGGAUUCAGUAUUAAGAAAGGCACCUCGUGGAAGGCCCCUCGAAGCCAAUAACAUUGACCAUGUCAUACGAUGCUAUGGCGGUAGGACGAUUGCGAUAGACAUGGAACCUCACCAAAUGCAAAAGUCGAAGCAACCUAAAGACAUGGUUCAGUACAUCGAUUUUCUGAACCGGAGAAACGGAGAGCUUAGACUCGAGCUCACAUUCUACCGAGAAUGUUACCAGCACGCAGAGAAGUUCAAAGAAAAGAUUACCGGGAUUUCCCAAGAUUUACUUCAAGCAUGUAUCAUUGGGGUACUCGACGGUAUAGAUUUUGGUGAAAUUAGAGAUCAUUCUAGCGCGGUUUCGGACGCGGUAGAUCAAUAUAGUUACGCCCAAGAACAAGCAUUUGACGCUUUCAUAGCGCCGUACAAAGCAUCGAAAAACCCAACAAAGACUACAGUCUCGAUGGAUGGGUGGAUUUAA